UGCAUUUGAUUGAAAUCAUGUUUUUAUAUUUAAAAGCAGACGUUGUGUAUAUUAACUGCAGUCGGUGACACCAGCAGCUCUGUAGCUUUAGUAACUUAGCGAACUUAACUAACGUUUCCAGCUAGCUUAGCAUACCGUACAGUGUUAAUCACACAGUGUAGUUAGUCAUGUUUCUUUAGACACGCUGUGUUAUGAAAACUAACAAAUGAAUGGCCAAGCGGACGUCGAAGUCGAUUACAAGCGGAAAUACAAAAAUCUCAAACGAAAAUUAAAAUUUCUUGUUUACGAGCAGGAAUGCUUUCAGGAGGAGCUCAGAAGAGCUCAGAGGAAACUUCUCAAAGUCUCUAGAGAUAAAAGCUUCCUUCUGGACCGGCUGCUACAAUAUGAGCGGGUAGAUGAAGACUCCUCAGAUUCAGAUGCAACUGUUUCUUCAGAAAACAGUGAAGGAGAAGGUCCCAGGGAGAGGGAAAGAGAACGAGAUGGAGCAAAGAAGCGAAGGAGUAGUCCUGGGGCGUGUCUUCCUUCAUCAUCAUCAUCCCCUCAUCUCUCCCUGCUGUCCCGUCCAGGUGUAAAUCCCCUACAAUCAUCAGGCUCAGGGCCCUACCUCAACACUAUGCCCUUCCCACCAGAGUAUUUGGCUCCCCCAGCUGAACGAAUGAAGAAAGAGAGAAAAACAAAGACGCCAAAAAACAAGAAAGAGACUACGGGGAAGGUUGUUGCACCAAUGACGGCUAAUUACCCAUCAGCCCCUGCGGCCCCUCCGGGAGCCAGCGGCCCCUUCAGCUGGGUUCCCAGACAGAUGCUUAGUGGAGACGCUGCUGAGGAGGAGGGGGAAAGCGACGGAGACAGCGACAGAGGAGAUGAAGACAGAGGGGAGGGAGACGAGGCUGAACUAGUCAUUGAUAUCCCUAACGAGUGAGCAUGAGUGUGUGUUUAGAUGUAUUUAUACAGAGAGGAUGGAGGGGCUGUACAUUUGUGCGUGUGUGUGUGUGUGUGGGAGAGAAAGAAUGAAACACAGCCUGACCGCCUGACUGAAUGUGUUGUGUGUUGAACAGCCCAGUCCUCAAUUUGAGAAGAGUAGCAAAGCUCCCCCUGGUGGACUUUUGCUAAACUGCAGUAUCACUGUCAAAACAAUCUCCCAGAGAAAUGUGGUAUUCAAAUAUUGUGUUAAGGAAAAAAUCUGUGACAAAGUUAUAGUUUGUAAGCUUUUAAAAAAAAAAAAAAAGCUCCACUGCCGCUGUGAGGAUUGGAUACUUUAUUUCAAACACCGUUCCAAGCUGCCUGCUGAUCAUCGUUUUGUUUAAACUGUGCACAAACUGUGACUACAACUAGGUGUGUUCUUCCUGGAGAUUUUUUCUUUGUUUUUUGCUUUGUAUUGUCUAACCACCAUCCCUGACAUGGUAUCUUAAACUAACUGUAAUCCAAUGAACUUGUUUUAGUGUGAUAUAGAUAUUUGGAGGUUUCAAAUGUUAAGUCUUCUUUGUUUGUUACAGACUAAUUUGACCUCUUUUGCCAAUUGUACUUAAACUAUGUUGAUAUGCUUUUUUUUUUUUUUUUAACAAAUUGUCAAAAAUCAAAGCUUCCACAUAUUAUGGAAAUAUAUUGUUUUUGCACCUAUCCAAUUGUGCAUGUCAGAUUAAAAUGUUAUUUCAAUUGA